GUCACAGCCCUUGCAUGGCAUGGUUGACAGGACAGCUGGAGAAUCAGACAAUUUUAUCAAGACUGUAACACAACGUAAACUCUUAAACUAAAGAGUAAAAUCUAGUCUGAUCGUUUUUACAGCUUUAGUCCUUCACGUCUUCUCCGAGAGAUUUCUCCUCCUCCCUCCUGCUCCUCCUCAAACAUUUUGUGUCAUUGCUCUCUAACUCUAGUUAAACGUUGAAAAUGGCGGAUCUACCACCGGAGAAGAGCCUGGACGAUUUCUUUGCCAAGCGGGAUAAAAAGAAGAAGAAGACAGAUAAGGGGAAGGGUAAAGAUUCCGCCGCCGCCGGGCCCACCACAACCACCGCCACUGCGCUGAAAAAGACCAGAAAGGAGAAGGAAAAAUCGACUAAAAACGAGAAUCAAGACGCGCAGAUUGAGAAGGAGGACGAGGAAUGGAAAGAGUUCGAGCAGAAAGAAGUGGACUACAGCGGGCUUCGUCUCCAAGCUUUACAAAUAAGUGACGAGAAGGAGGAAGAUGACUAUGAGAAGGAGGAGGUUGGUGAAGAUGGAGAGAUCAUUCUGGUCAGUGGAGACAAAGUGUCAGGGCCUUGGAACAAGUCUGGAGCUCCUCCUCCUCCCCCUGCUGCUGCUGCACCUGAUGAGGAUGUCGAGGUGCCUGAGUCAAAGCCUUCAGGUGUGUAUCGCCCACCAGGGGCUCGGUUGACCACCACCAAACGAGCCCCAAUGCAGGGCCCUCCUGAGAUCUUCAAUGACGCACAGUUCCCCUCUUUACUGGCCACCGCUAAGCAUGUGGAGACACGCAAGGACAGAGAAAUGGAGAAGACAUUUGAGGUUGUGAAACACAGGAACCGCGGUAGAGAGGAAACCGGCGGCGCUUCUAUGCAGCACUUGCAGCUUGAUAACCAGUACGCCAUCCUAGGGGAUAAGUAGAACCGCUUCCCCUCCGUCCCCUGGCCCCUCCAGCACGGUCCUUUCCAGCCCCCCCCCCUUGAAGGAAGCUGAACUCCAGCUGUGUGGACUGCAGUCCUGACAGAGCUCACGCUGCCACCAUCACCACACCGGUUAUUCUCUCACGCACACACACAAACACACACACACACACACACAGAGUCUCACAAUACAUACUCACACAGCCAUACAGUGACACUCCCUUUAAAUAGAUGAUUAAUACACUUUACAUACAGAACACUGGUUGGCAAAACUGAAGGACUGCAUCUGAAGGGGCUGCUGUGAAAGAGGGAAUAAUUGAAAAGGAAUUGGCAAAAUACACCCAAACAACACUGCAGCAGCAACAAAUGACGACGUAGUUGUCCUUUGUGGAUUGUACUCAGAGCAGCGGUUGUGUGGCGCAACUUCUCUCUGGACUUCAACUUGCUUCGAUAAAGCCACAGAGGACCGAAGAUGACUUUAGGCGAGAUGAUUUUACAAACUUCUGUGAAAAUAUCUAUUUUUUGCAAGAUCGUUAUAAACCCAAUCGCACAUGGUAUUUUGGGGUGUUUUUUUUUUGUUGUUUUUUUUUUUAGUUGCGGUUGGGGCUUUGGGAUCGGGGAUACUACCUCAGCAGCAUAGCUGGUGGUGACCAUGUGAACUGAGAGCUUUUUUUCGCUGUGGUGGUGACUGGGGGGCAAACACCAACCCCCUCCCUCCCCCUCCCUCCACAUACAAGCUGGCCAUCAGGCUCGUUAAUUUAGAAACUUGAAGAUUUUUUUUUUUCCCUUCACAUGACAAUGACACUCUGAGAAGAUCUAUGGACAAGAAGUGAUAGGUUGUGGUCCUCAUGAAUUCCUUUUUUUAAAAGUGGCCUUACCGAUAGAGAGAAACUGCUUUGUCAUCUGAAGAGAAACUUUGCUUGUUGUCUCACGGGCUGUUGCCUGCCUCUGGAUCUCACCACUCUGUGAAAAAAAGAUACAAAAAGAAAGAAAUCCUUCUGUUCGAGAAUGUAGUGCUGUUGUAGUUUGCCUGAUAAUUACAACUAACUAACUGUCUUUCAUAUCCACUGUUUUGAUUUCGCUGCCCUUACUUUAUUUUGGUCUAUAAGCAAAAUUAAGCUCGUCUAAACGCUCGUCAAAAAGUGUAACCCAAACAAAUUCUUUACUGUGGUUUGACACCAGAUGUCACAGAUGUUACAAUGUCAAGAAAAUAGUGAUGGAAAACCACUUUAAUGCAUAUUUGUUGAGGUUGUUUGCCCAUAUUAAGUAAAGUGGUACAUUUCAACCCCAGUUUUUAAGACCUUUUUUCUUUUUAAAAAUCAUCAAGGCUUUUCCUUAUUGGUAAACCUACCGUCUCAGCCGUCAUUGCCGUUGUGUAGAACAAGUAGCUUGUGCAUAAAUUUUGGUCCCAGAGACGUUACAGCGAUUUUACUCGUCUGUCAAUAUAAACCUGUCAUCAAACCAACAGAGCGUUAUCCACUUAAAAAAACAAACAGCGGUAUGCCCCGGGAAAAAAAAUCAAAUCAUCUAACGGGGUUUUAUACAAGCAUAGUUACGUUUAGAAAGGUGAAGAAGAACUGGAUUUAUGUUCUAUGUUCCUGUCCUUUCCAAUAAAAGAUGUCGGGGAGCGUCGAUCCCUGCUGGGACACUUUGGGUGGACGUAGAUAUUAUUUGUAAUGAAAAGAGAAGAGCCUAACACAAAAAAUAAAGUGAUCCUUGUGAAA